AUGAUCAAAACGUCUACCAUUGCUCUACCUCGACACAAUUCGUGCUGGGUUCUGCCCAAGCCGGCUGCGGGUGAACGCGAUGCUAAGAUGGCCAGUGAACUGGCCGACAGGACCCCGCGACGGCGGCUAGCUCGUGCGCACUCGCCCACCGAGCUGCUUCAUGAUCCUCUCCACAACUUUCUCUGUCUCUCUCCUCGUACACCAAACAAAGUGACAAAAUACGACAGUAUGGCGGAGGUUGUUGGAGUGGUCUCCGCCGGUAUCGGGGUGGCAGCCUUUGCGCUUCAAAUCAGCGAAACGAUCAGACGACUGCGGGAUAUUCGCGAGUAUGGCAAGAACAAAGCUAGCGCUGAAUUAGAGUCGCUUGUCAAGCGUCUUGAGAGGCUGCGGGAUAUAUUACUAUCCCUUGAGACUGUUCAAACGUCUAGAAUGGUCAAUCUUGCUAUUGAGGACUGUCAACUGGAGUACAGUAGCGUCGACGAUAGCCUCCAGCGAAUGAGUGAAAAGCUAUCCCAUCUGGGCAAAAAACUGCAGGGUGCUCGACAUAGCAGAGGCAUCAAGAAACAACUCAGGGAUAUCGGGCAAAGGCUUGACUCUGCCGUACAGGAUUUGUCUUUGAGUCUUCUAACGCUGGUCGCAGAAAGACAGGUUGACGCUCAACAUUCUCGUAGUAAGAUUGCGAUAGACUCUCAACGCACAAUUCAGGAAACGGCUCAGGAUAUGGCCCUCGCUAUAAAUUCAUCCGUUAUUGACAGUUCUACGGUCCCCAAGACGCGAGAACAGCGUUCCACGCCUGCAAGUCGAGCCAGCAUCGAGGAGCCCAUCCCGCCACAUAUAGCUCACGCGACUUCUCUCUACUGCUGGAGCCUACAGUUUGCCCUCUCUAGAUACGGCAUCCCAUUCAUGGUAAAUGCUGCCAUUGAAUUCAUCACCGGCGCUGGAAGAUACUCGCUCAGACCGGGCCUCAGCAUAGAACGAGUGGUGAAAUACACCUCGCCUGGCUUCGAGGCACUUUGGCGGUUUAAUUGCGGGCUGCUGAAACUGUCUGAGGUUCAGGAGACAUUUCGGGAGCUGAGAAGAUGUGACCCCUCGUUAAAUCGGCAUAUACAUCCAGGCGGGCGCAACUAUGUUCAGGAGCUCCUUUACUGCGGCCCAAAUCGAGGCCAGCACACGAAUGACCAAUUCGAGCUCCUAAAAUUCUUCGCCUGCGAAUUAGAGUCGCCAGUUUACGAGGACUGGCCGUCUCCCUGUUCGCCAAAUUGGAUAGCCGAGGAACUCACGCCGGACCCUUUUUUCAUCGAUUACCUUGCUUUACUUGCCAACGCCAGUCCAGGCUUUGCUGGAUUAACGGCUCUUCACGAGAUCGUACUUCUGGAUCCCCCAACGUCGGUGACUUCGUUCCUCUCACGCUCAUCAUUGCAUAUGGAGAGGAACUUUCUGGGUCAGACGCCUUUACAUCUAGCGGUUCACGAUGUGGAAACAGUCCGUCUGCUUGUCCAAAGUGGCCAUGACAUGGACAUCCAGGACAACUACGGUAUUACCCCUUUAAUGUAUGCUGCAGGAAUGGGCAAGACAGACGUGGUUCGCUUGCUCAUCGAGCAAGGGGCGAACCCUUUCAUCCGCGAUACCAGAUGGGAAAGGAACUUUAUUGAUUAUGCAGCUGCCCGCAACCAUUGGCGAUUGUUAAUGGACAUUCUAGACACGGUUCAAGACAGCUACUCGGAGAGUAUUUCUCAGUACUUCAUCUGCUGCGCGCUGCUGCGACUCAUAGCUCGCGAGAAGUGGUUGCCUGAUAACACAUGGAGCGCUUACUUUGCAAAGCUCGUGGGUCUAUGUUUAGAUGUCAAUAUAAGAUUCGGUAAUAGUCAUGAUGGAACUGAAGAUAACAAUCUUCUCCAUUUCAUCUCAAACAACGAAGAUGUCAAAGUGCUGGCGCGACAAGGUUUCGAACUGUUCGGUCAACCCAACAGUGCAGGAAAACCUGCCAUAUUCUCGCUGGUCCCGAUAUUAGAUGCAACACUGAUCCAGUCCUUGCUUGACUACGGAAUCAACAUAAACCAUGUGGACCACAAAGGACGUACCAUCCUGUUCCCGCUGCUCCAGCAGUUGCGACGGCUGAACUCCAGGACUUUUGAUGUAAUGGAUUCCAUUCGGAUAUGCCUAAAGGCCGGCCUCGACAUUUUUAUAUCGGACGGUUGCCAGUGUGCCUGUUCUCCCGGAGGUUGCUUCCUGCCUGCGGCCUUUAAUAUUACUUUUGUUGAUACCAUGGCUCGCGCGCCCGCCUUUGUGUGGGCGCUGGAAUUUCUCUCCCUCGUUGAGGAACUCAGAGGCCGUGAAGACUCUAAAAGACUCGUAAUAGGUUUCCUACACAGAAAUUGUUUUGAAAGGGUGGGGAUAACGCAUGUGUGCUGUCAUAGAGGGAACAACGUAUUGAACUGGGAGCUCCUCUGGCCAAGAAAUCAGAUGGCUGAGUCAGACAUCGACGAGAUUCUAGAUGAGGAAGAAGAGCUUAUUGCAAAUCUUGAAAAGGAAAUGCUUCCGUUGACCCACAAGACACUUGAGUGUUUGAGGUCUGAAUGGAUCCGUAUGCUAAAAGAAAAACACGACGAACGACUUGAGGCGAAGCGCAAAAGAGAGCACAAUAACUCCAAGGGCCCUACGGGUGAACCGUAUCAGGUUGACUAUAAGAAUGAUACGUUUUGCCAAAUAUUCAAUACAGAAGUUGAUUUCGACGUUGUCCCUUUGGCAAAUUCCAUGGCUGAGUACGUCAUCUGGCUAGAGCAUCAGUACAUUCGAUCUAAAGACACAUGGGAUACCGCUUGCGAGGGAGAAGCCUGGUAUAAAAGACGGAUGAGUUGGUUUGUGGAACUCAUGCAAGUCAUGGAAGUUGCUCCCAAAACACUCAUCAAGACUAUCAACAAUAAGAUCGAAACGAUACCAUGUGAAAGCGAUGGCCUUGAUAAGGAAGUCAGGAAGAUCUUCGCCAUUCCGAGAUUCGCACUCGGACGGAUGCACCUGAGUACCAUUAUCAGACUAGGCAGCUCUAUAAACCUCCAAGAUGAGCCUUGGAAGUCUAUGAGGCCGAGUUAUACGUCAAUGAUAUCUAGCAACGGCGGCGGCCACUCUGCCCUGGCUAAUCACAUCUUCUCAGUGUUAGGAAACUGGUCAGAAGAGUUCGACGACUGUGAAAACAUAUACAUGAACUUACAUCUUGGCUCCUCGAUAAGAAUCAACACAAUCGCAGUGAACCCCAAGGAGAUUUCCAUCUCGUUGAAGGCAAGCAGCGGCGGCAGUAGUGGUGGCAUCAACACUAGCCUUCUCUCCUCGGGGUAUAACAAGACCUGGCGUUCACUGAGUGUGGAUGAGCGUGAAAGUGCAAUGGUUUUCAUGCUUGGCCGUGUGUUAUGGUGUAUAUUUGAAGGUGUGGGCAGUAGCACCGGAGGUAACUCUGCCGACUUUCUUGGUGAAGAUCUGUUUCGAGAUAGCGGGAACGGCAAUAGUAAUGAUCCAAAUCAGCAGCAGUUUCCAGAGUUUAGAGAUACACCCGAGGCGAUGCAGGUGCUUAUCCGGGAAGCGACCUCGGGUGCAAUGGAGUGGGCUGGGCUGUUGAGGUGUGUCCGGGUUGUCGGGGAUAGGAUUUAUGGUUCACAAAGCAAGAUGGAUGGCGAUGAGCGCGAGGAAGCGUAUGCUACAGCGAGGGCUCUGAGAGCUUGGUGGAAUGCCAGGAUAAGCAGUACAGAGGAGUAUCUUGUUGAGCGGGCAACUGGAGGCGAAGAGUGUGAUGCUACAAGUGCUAGAAGGAGUCGACCGCGGCUGCGAACAGUACUGCGGGCUUUACAAGAGUUGGAAAAAGGAGGAGGAUCUGAUGUGUCUAGACUCUGUACUUCCCAAUCGACCCAACAACCGCACUCUGUCUCGAGACGAGAUUCGAUGAUUUGUUCUGGUCUUUGCAUUACUAUCUCUAGGUCUCUGUUGAGUCAUAUGAGAGCAAUUGCAGUAUUUGCAUAUCCUCCAAGGUUUUAUCCCAUCGAAAGUGAGAAGAAUAGAUUGAGGCUUAGCGUGCCAGCAUGA